AUCAGUGAUGGGUGGCAUGAACUACCACAUAGAAAUUCUUUUUGCUGAUGGAGCUCGGUGGCUGGCUCGUAUUCGAAGAUCUAACGCUACUUCACCACCGCCCGGCCUACGUGACUAUAUCAUGCGCAGCGAGGUUGCGACUCUCCAGUUCCUUGGCAAAACCAAAAUUCCUGUUCCGAAGGUGUUCGACUACGCGCUGGAAGGCCAGACUCCCGUCGGCGUUGGAUAUAUACUCAUGGAAAAAAUCCCGGGGAAGUCAUUACGCCAAAGGAAGAAAGUUAUGACUCAGCUAGCGGAUGUAUACAUUGAGUUGGAACGUUUUGCGUUCGACAGAAGUGAUCAUAUUGCUUCGUUUGCCAGGGAAUCAAUGACCGAAUAUGUCAACUCGCAGAUGAUUCCCCUCGGGCCAUACAAGGACCCGAAAGAGUACCUCCAAUCUACCAUUGAACUCAUUAUGAGAUUGAUCCUGAGAGGGGAAAGCUAUGCAGGACGCGAGAUGGAUGCAUUCUUAGUUCACCGGUUCCUUCUUAGUAGCCUCCCAAAAGUAUUAGAACACCACACCUAUGAUGAUGGACGAUUCUAUCUUCGGCACGCUGAUGACGAGGGUGAUCAUAUUCUCGUUGAAGGAGAUUACAAUAUCACGGGAAUCGUUGAUUGGGAAUGGGCUCAUACAGACUCAAAAACUGAAGCCUUUAAAUCGUUCGUCAUGCUUUUCCCAAUUUCUGACUUUUACGACGGAGUUAAUACCGUUGGCGAGGACGAAUCUACUUUUGCAGAUACACUCGAGGCAAAGGGAAACAAUGGACUUGCAGAGAUAGUCAGGAAUGGGAGACUGCUUCAUCGGUUCCAGUUCUGUUGUGGGUAUGACUUUGCAGACUGGGAAGGGUUUUUAUGCCUUUUUCAGGGCCUUCGAAAUGCCUUGAACAUAGAUGCAGAUAUGAGUUGGGUUGAUUGGAAGAUGAAUGCUUUAGAACGAUGAUUCAAGUCAUCCUCCAUCCCAAAUAUCUGGUCUUGUCAGCAAGCGCCUUCAUUUAACAAAUUAAG